UCUAGGCACACAGCCAGGAUCCCCUGGCACACAGGUCCCCACCCUGGGUACACAGCCAGGGUCCUCUGGCACUUCGACCCCCAUGCUGGGGGUAGAGCUAGGGUCACCCAACAACCAGACCGUGACUCUAGGGGCACAGCCAGGAUCCCCUGGAACCCAAUGCCCCUCUCUGGGGAAACAGCCCGGUUCCGCUGGCACCCAUAUCCCUACCCGGGGAGCAGAGCCAGGGUCCCCCAACACCCAAUCCGCCACCCUGGGGGCAGAGUCAGGGUCCUCUUUCAGCCAGACCUCCAUCGCAGGGACACAGGCGCAGGCGUUUCAGGAGAUCGGGCAGCUCGGCAUCCUCUAUGCCACCCUGAAGGAGCAGGUGGCCAAGCUGGCUGCCAGCAAGGCGGAGCGCUCCGAGCUUGAAAAGCUCCACCAGCUCUUCGCGGAGGGAGUCCCCUUGGACCACGACUCUCCAGGUCAGAAGAACAUCACCAGUGCCCUGUCCGACCUCCAGAGCCAGCUGUCCUCUCUGCAGAGCCCAGCCAGCGACCUGCAGGGUGAGACAGGCAAGAUCAUGCAGCUGGAGCACGCCCUUGGAAAGCUGCAGGUGCCUGGAGCUGAAGGGAAAGAGGACAUCAGGUUACUGCUGCAGGAAUUAAAGCAGGAGCUGGGAGAGCAGCAGCAGAAGAGCCAGGCUGCGCUGGAGCAGCUGGUGGACAAGAGUGCCGACCAGCUGCAGGCACAGCUGGAUGAGUUGAGGGUGGUGGUGGAGAGCCUGAGGCAGGCAGAGGGGCACGCAGCGCACCCCAUCUGCAGCAAGGACACCGGCACGCAGGUGGAGCAGCUCCUGCAGCGCUAUGAGAAGCUGCAGGAGCAGGGGGACUCUGUCAUGUGCCAGCAGGCAGCGGGCAAGGUGGCGAGGCAGCAGCAUGAGAAGAGCCAGAAAGCAACCAAAUCCACCGCGGGCAGCCAAGUCAGCCGAAGCCAGUUUGAGGCCAGUAUGGAGCAGCUGAUGGAGAUAAGAAAGAAGAUCCAGAGCCAGGGGAUGGCCCAGGAGCAGGGCUUGCAGCAGGUGCAGCAGCAGCUCAGGGAGGUGAUGGACUCCAAGGUGAGGGCUGAUUCGUCCCCGCUGCCAAACGCAGGCACUUUUGGGCCGGGCAGACUAAGGCAGCCUCCGUCCGAGGGUCUCCCCUCCCGGCUCUCUCCCGGGGACCACCACGUCCCACGCCGGGGCAGCACGCUGAGGUGGUCCACCUGUCCACAGCUGGAUCGCCCGGAGCUGGCGCCUGUCCAGAGGCAACUGGAGCACUGUAACAACACCCUGAAGCAGCUCAAGGACAUCGUGCCACAGACAGGGACAGCCGAUGGAGCAGCUGGGAUGAAGUACCCGCAGGCCCAUUCCCCCUACCUGUCCUGUGACCAACCCCUCGCUGUGACGGCACCCGGACCGGAGCCAUCAGCUGAGUGCAGGUUCCUCAGCAAGGCACGGAGCAGCGGAGGCCUGCACAUUACCACCUACCCACUGCAGCAAUACCCGUUCCUCCAGCCCAAGCCACCCAGCACCCUGCCGCCGAGCCAGCAGGAGGUGACAGCAAGAGUGGGCAAGGACGGCUGUGUCUCCCGAGGCUGGCGGAAGAGACGGUAGCCUGCUCUGGCGGGCAAGGAAGGUUCUGCCACCUCAACAGAGGAUGAGCCAGCACCUUCUCACAGACACCUCUCCUGGACACCAGAGAACCUCCGGCCGUAACCCAGCACCCAACAGCUGGGCAGCACGGGCAGCAACAGAUGCUGGGAGAAAAGCG